GCGCUUUAAUAAGGAGGCACUUGGGCGGACCCGGCGCUAGCCAAGCUUCUUUCUUCCGUUCCGGCCGCUGCUUCUUCUUCCCCCCACCCCGUCCGUCCCCGAUAGCGAGAGCAAGUUGUUGCGGCGUACUGAGAAGCUGCCAGGAGGAGGAGCUCCUUCGCCGCCCCGCCCCGCCCCGCCGGGCUUCCCUGUCCCGAGGUCCUCUAGCAGAGCCCAAAUUCGCUGCUCAACGUCGCAUAAGAAGAUAGAUGGGUUCCGAGGGGCCUUCUCCCGUCACCGUUCACGUGACCGGAUUCAAGAGGUUUCAUGGAGUCGCAGACAACCCGACCGAGAGAAUCGUGCGCAAUCUCCAGUCAUUCGUGGAGAAGAGAGGGCUGCCCAAGGGACUUGUGCUUGGAAGCUGCACUGUCCUUGAGGCGGCCGGGCAGGGUGCACUUGGUCCUUUGUAUGAAUUGUUGGAGUCAACUGUCCUUGGCCGGGAAUAUGGAUUGUCGAAUCAGGACCGAGUAAUUCUGCUCCAUUUUGGAGCCAACAGUGGUUCACAUAGGUUUGCUCUUGAGAAUCAAGCUGUUAAUGAAGCUACUUUCCGUUGCCCUGAUGAGCUAGGGUGGAAACCGCAGAGGGUUCCUAUCAUGUCAUCGGACGGAAGCAUCUUGCAUGCAAGACAGACUACACUGCCAGUGAAGGAAAUAAGUAAAUCUCUCCAACAAAUGGGAUAUGAUGUGACGCCUUCAGAUGACGCUGGUCGAUUUGUGUGCAACUAUGUCUAUUACCACUCUCUUAGGUUUGCAGAGAAACACGGUAUCAGAUCACUCUUCGUUCAUUUCCCCCUCUUCUUGUCAAUUGAUGAGGAAGUUCAGAUGCAAUUUGUUGCUUCCCUUCUUGAAGUCCUCGUUUCCUUGAAAUUACAGUAAUCUAAUGAUAGAUCUGUCCACUUCCAGUGGUGUAUUGUUCCCAAUUUACAAGGUGUUGUGAAUAAGAAUGAGCAAUCAUUCAUGGCAUUAUUUGUGCUCCAAAACGUGUAUAAAAAACUCUCUUAGAAAGCA